GGAGCAGCGCCGCGCCGAACCCGCCACCAACGCCGCUGCUGCGGGAUGCUGCGCUCCACGUCCACGGUCACCCUGCUCUCGGGCAGCAGCUCCGGGGCGCCCAGCAGGAGGGCAAAUGUCUGCAGACUACGGCUGACUGUGCCUCCCGAGAACCCAGUGCCUGAGCCAAGUGAAAAGAAGGUUGAAAGAAGAGAGCAGCAUUGUGACCUGAGCAAUGGAGAAUCGACCAGGAAACUCCCUCAGGGUGUUGUCUAUGGUGUGGUGCGAAGAUCAGAUCAAAACCAGCAGAAAGAAAUGGUGGUGUAUGGGUGGACCACCAAUCAGCUGAAAGAAGAGAUGAACUACAUCAAAGACGUGAGAGCUACUUUGGAAAAAGUAAGAAAGAGAAUGUACGGAGACUAUGAUGAAAUGAGACAGAAGAUUCGACAGCUCACCCAGGAACUGUCAGUUUCACAGGCAAAGCAGGACUACCUGGAGAAUCACAUCCAAACCCAGUCGUCAGCCCUGGACAGUUUUAAUGCCAUGAACGCGGCAUUGGCGUCAGACUCCAUCAGCUUGCAGAAAACCCUCGUGGAUGUUACUUUGGAGAACAGCAACAUCAAGGAUCAGAUCAGAAAUCUGCAACAGACGUACACAGCCUCCAUGGACAAGCUGCGGGAGAAGCAGAAGCAGUUAGAUGCAGCGCAGGUUGAAAACAAGCUGCUGAAAAUGAAGGUGGAAUCCUCCCAACAAGCCAACGCGGAGGUGAUGAGAGAGAUGACCCGGAAGCUGUACAGCCAGUACGAAGAGAAGCUGCAGGAGGAGCAGCAGCGGCACAAUGCGGAGAAGGAGGCUCUCCUGGAAGAAACCAAUAGUUUUCUGAAAGCCAUUGAAGAAGCCAAUAAAAAGAUGCAGGUGGCAGAGAUCAGCCUCGAGGAGAAGGACCAGAGGAUCGGGGAGCUGGACAGGCUGAUUGAGCGCAUGGAGAAGGAACGCCAUCAACUUCAACUUCAACUCCUGGAGCAUGAAACAGAAAUGUCAGCGGAAAUAACCGAUUCUAACAAAGAAAGGUAUCAGCAGCUGGAGGAGGCAUCAGCCAGCCUCCGGGAGCGGAUCCGACACCUAGAUGACAUGGUGCAUUGCCAGCAGAAGAAAGUCAAGCAGAUGGUUGAGGAGAUUGAAUCACUAAAGAAGAAGGUGCAGCAGAAACAACUCUUAAUAUUGCAGCUUUUAGAAAAGAUAUCUUUCUUAGAAGGAGAGAAUAAUGAACUACAAAGCAGGUUGGACUAUUUAAUAGAAACCCAGUCCAAGACUGGAGUGGAAACCAGAGAGGCUGGAGUGGGCUGUGAUCUUCUACCCAGAAAAUUCAUUUGCAAAUUGCCCGACAAAGGUAAAAAGAUCUCAGACGCUGUCACCAAACUGAAAGCUGCCAUUGCAGAACGUGAAGAAUUUAGAGGAAGAAGUGAACUCUUUUAUCCUGUUAGCUUAGACUGUAAGGAGAGGCAAAAAGCGAUUGCAGUUGUUGAUGGGGACAGAGAUAAGGCCCAGAAUUCUGACCAGAUACUUGAUACUUCAUCACCUGUUCCUGGCUGUUCCUCUGUAGCUAACAUCACAUCAUCUCAGACAACCUCACGACAACAGGGACUGACACAUCCGACUCGCGGAGGUGAUGCUGAGGCAACUGAGGCUGAACACACAUUGAGCAAGCACCCACCUUCUAGCAGCAGAGCCCCAGCGCCUUCCUCAUCUGAAGCUAGUGAGGGUCUCCCUCAGCAUUGUGCCUUAGGUCAAGUGGAGGAUCAUCCUGGCAGCUCAGACAACCUGUUCAUUCAUAGAUUACAAAGGAUCACAAUUGCAGAUCCCACUGAACACCACUCAGAAGGAAACCAGAGUCCUGAGAAGUUGGCCGGCCUCUGGAGUAGGCCGCAGAAGAAGCCUCAUUACGUGGAAGUGCUGGAAACGCGAGCCAGAAAUCCCAUGCCCCCGCCACAUAAAUUUAAAACCAAUGUAUUACCUUCACAGCCGCGUGAUUCUUCGAGUGCUUGUCAGAGGAGAGGGUCUCCCAUCUCCUCAGAGGAGAGGCGGCGCAGGGACAGGAAGCAUCUUGAUGACAUCACGGCAGCCCGGCUUCUGCCGCUGCACCACCUGCCAACACAGCUGCUCUCUAUAGAGGAGUCGCUGGCACUUCAGAGACAGCAGAAGCAGAGUUACGAGGAGAUACAAGCCAAGCUCGCAGCACAGAAAUUAGCUGAAAGACUAAAUAUUAAAAUGCAGAGCUAUAAUCCAGAAGGGGAGUCUUCAAGGAAAUACCGAGAAGUAAGGGACGAAGAUGAUGAUCAGUCCUCCGAGGAUGAACUCUGAAGAUGGACGUUCAGAUCAUCUCCCAAAUCUCUGCCUGUUGAGAUCUCAUUAUCUUACAUCAGACUGCCUAACAAGUAUCAAGAUCAGUGUCAGACAUUGUUGAGAGAAAGAAUUUUGUAAAGUUAACGCUAAGGAAACUAUAAAACGAGCCCACUUUCAGAUGAUAAUUUUCAUGUCCUUGAAAAGUUGAAUAUUUGAGUAUUGUGUUUAAUGACACUAUAUUAAAUUUUGGCAGUAUGUCCUGUGUUGGUCUGAUAUUUUAGUAUAUAGUAAGCACAUUUUUUUCUCUAAGCCAAAUGAAAGCAGGUGAUUAAACUGCUUUUUUCUUUAUACUUACCUCUACCAAAUAAUGUUUAUUACAUGUCUUAGUGAAUUAUUUAGUUGUCCCAGGCAUCACCUAAAAUGAAUUAUGAAGAUAUAAUUCCCUCUUUUUUUGAAUAACGAAGAAGCCUAGAUAAUUUUGUGCAUGUUUGCAUGGGGGCUAUUACAGUACUGGACGUUAAAUACCAAGGAAGACACUCAAAGAAAAUGUUUAAAUAUUUGUUUCUUUCUGUCUUCCCUUAGGAAAUAUGUUUUCUUUCUUCUGAUAAGGAAUAUGCGGUACUUUUAGUUAAUUCUAGAGGGUGGGUGGUCUCUCUAGAUGACCAGAUUUGCUUGGUCAUGGAGUAACAUGAGGAACAGGAAAAGCCUUAAGAUGAUUGAUGUUUGUGAAGGGAAUAGCUGUUGGUGGUUUAGUCGCUCAGUUGUGUCCAGCUUCUUGCGACCCAAUGGACUGUAGCCUGCCAGGGUCUUCUGCCUAUGGGAUUUUCCAGGCAAGAUUACUGGUGUGGGUUGCCAUUUCCUUCUCUAGGGGAUCCUUCUGACCCAGGGACUGAACCUGUGGCUCCUGCAUCUCCUGCAUUGCAAGCAGAUUCUUGACUGCUGAGCUACUGGAGAAGCCCUAUCUGUUGUUAGGCUUGGCCUGGCUUGACUUCAUUGUUCUAGCAGAUGAUAGGUUCAAUUUGAUAAGACAACCAAAAAAAUUUCCAAAGCCACAAUUGGUUUGUUAUCAAUAUAUAUUGCUUCCCCGCCCCCACCCCAAAAGAGACUUAUGUAGGCUGCAGAAAUCUCAAUUUCAUGUAUAAUUUCAAAGGAUUAUAUGGUUGUCUCCAGAGAAAUGAACAAAUAUGUUGUCAGAGUUUUGUCUAACAUGUUGGUGCCUUUAAGCAGUGUUGAAAGAAUAAAAUAUUAAUUAGAGCAACCUGAAAA